GCUGAAUGACAGCUUGUUGGACCGGUGAGAGAAGACAAUGGAACAUAGUUCCAACUAAACCUCGUCUCCCAAGUGACGGUAUAGCCCGCCCUCUGAUGCAUGCUUCGUGGACUGAUUCGGAAGAAUAGAGAGUUGUUGUCGUGAGCAACAAGUGGGUGCUCUGCGAACUAUUUAGUAGGCCUACUGUAUUGAGUACUAGCGGCCAUUCAUUACGCUGAGAAGAACGGGACUUUAUAUGAAGAUUAGAUGCUCAAGUGAUCUUCUGGACUUCUCUCUGCAGAUCAAUUAGUACAGAUAGGUGCGGUUUGUGUCCCGAUAACUUGUGUUAGACUGAACAGGGGAAUGCUUCGGAAAGAGGAAAGCACGCAUUAAACACCACAAAGUUCGAGUGUCCAGUGUCAUGAAACUAAAUCCACAGCAAGCUCCGGUAUAUGGUGAGUGUCUUCUGACGGUGCAGCUUGGUGAUGAAGAUAAUUUGGAGGAUGAGGAGGAUGUAGAGUUCUACCUGCUGUUUGCUGGCACCAACCAGAGGCACCUGACCAGCACCUUGAGGAUCAGCCAUGUCACCCUGCAGGCCGUGUGCCCAGCCCAUGACUGCUCUGAGUCGGUGCAGGUCACGCUGUGCUCGGCGCGGCCCGGCGGCUCCGUGGAUCCCGUGGCUGAGGAGCGCUUCCAGUUCGUCCAGGACCUGGCCUUUGACAUGGCCCAGUUCCUGGUGAGCGCUGCGGGGCAGGCCGACGGUCUGGAGGGGGCGCUGCUGCUGGACGAGUGCCAGAUCCCGCUGCAGGAGUGUGAGCGGCUGGACGACAGCCUCUCCCUGGCCCUUAGACACCUGGCCCUGCCCCAGGGGUGGAGCGUCCUGGGUACCAACAUGGGCACACCACCAGGUACCAACCUGGACAACAGCAUAGCUGAGCCCAGUCCACACGAGACCCUCCUGCACUUUGCAGCUCGGCGUGGGCUGCGGAAGGUGGCCUUGUUCCUGCUCCAGCAGCCAGGAGGUAGAGAGGCUCUCAGACUGCCCAACAAGCAGGGCUCUACACCAGUCAGCGUGGCAGAGAAGAGGGGCCACGACCAGCUACAGCAGCUCUUCACUGGGGUUGACACCUCGCCGGACACCCGGAUAAAGGCAGAGGAGAGGCAGUGUUACCCAGGAGGCCGAGCGCUGCAGCACCACCCUAGACUGAACACCUACACCCUGACGGUGGACACGGAGCCAGGGAAAACUCCGCCCAGCCUGCAGGGAGAGGUGGAGGAGCUACAGAAACUCAUCCGCUCACACAGAGACAACAAGGGAGAUCAUGUGUUCCAGCAGCAGUCACCAGACGAGCUAAACAGUACAGCAGGAUCCAGCGACAUCAGCAACACGUCAGCGCACAUAGCUUUACACCCCCAACACAGCCAUGCCCACCUCGCGGGAGGGGCGUGGCCUUGUCCGAACGGCCAGCCAGAGGAAGGGGAGGCGGGCCCUGCUCAGGCAGCAGUAACGGACUCUGUGAAGGCGUUAGAUAAAAGAAGUGAAGCUGCAGCACAGCGGCGGAAGAGGGAGGGUGAGACUCAAGCUUUCAGCACACCGUCCUGUGGAAACCAGCAGGAGGAAGCUGAUAGAGAGAGGACAGGCGUAAUCACUGCCAGGCAGAGCAGCAAGGCAGGGCGCCGUAAAAGGAACAAGGAAGAGAGAGAGAAGAGGAGAGCAGAGACUGAGACGGGCGAUAAGGCUGCUGCUUUUCCGACGACGGUUACGCCAGCCAUGGGCCACGCACAGUCCCAGGAACACCCGGAACACCCGGAAGCCAAGCAUUGGCCCCUGGAGACUGGGGAGAGGAGUACAGGCAACAGCAGUAGCAGCUGUGGGGACACGAGGGCUCAAAAGACUAUGGAAAGGCAGGGGGAGCCUAACAACAUCGAGGAGAUGGAUUGUAGAGCACCCUGGGCUCAGAUAGUGGCUGGGGCUCCUGUGGAGAACGGGCAGCACGGCAGACAUGGCGGCGAGCUGGAGGUGGAGUACGCGGAAGCCGCCUCUGAAUGUACUCUGCAGACAAUGACAGGAGCUGUGAGCCGCCAUCAGGCACAGGCUGCACAGUCACAAGACCCCGAACAAAGACAGGAAAUCACCACAGCGCUGACGAGUUAUUCUGAGGAGCAGGAUUUGGCCAAUAACAGGAGCCAGACCCGGGGGUCUGAGACUGAAAGAGGUGGUGAUUGUAGCGGUACACACGAGAGAAAGAGAGAGGCAGGAAACCCCGGCCAACAGACUAACUGUAGCACUGAGUCAGCCAACAGCCGAAGUGGAGAGACUGACACAAACAGCAUGAAGCAGAGCCCCAGUAUGACAGAGGGAGAAAGCGAGAGCAGCCGUUCACACGGACCCAGUAGCGUUACAGCACCAGAGCCCAGUGAGCAGGUCCUGGAUCAGACGGCGGAGGGCACAGUGGAGGUAGUGGUACCACCACCACAGCAUAACCAGAACGGUGCCCACAGCCAGGGCCACGAGGCUGGGCAGGAAUGGGAGGAACAGGCGUCCACCGACCCAGCCAGAAGGACAGCUGAGGUUGUAGAGAGGCCGAGCGUAGAGAAGUGGACCAUGGGGCCACAACACUCUGAUGAUGUCACAGACCUCACACCCUCUUGUGAGGAGGAGGAACUCGUCCAGUCGGAUAGUUGCUCCGCAGACAAACUGUCUGAAGAGGGGACAGUCACAGGAGAGGAGACCCCUGCAAAGAAGAAGGUGUCUGUACAGUGGGCAUCGUUAGAAGAGGCAGACUCUCUGCUGUGUAGGGAGGAGAUAGCAGCUACAGCUGUAGCAGUGGUGGCCAUAGCAGUAGCAGCUGCUGUAGCAAACAUAGAACAAGGCAACUCCAACUCAAUGCUGGAGGCAAGCCGUGUACCGGAGGCUGUUGACAGCCAGAGUGAGCAUCAGACUGGACCCAAAGACACUGCACCAAGGUCAGCGGUCACUGUGUCUGAGGCCACUGAGACCCUUACCUUGGACGGGGGUCCUAUUGUCUCACCUGGAGAGUUACAGGGGGAUGUGAUGGACAAGAACCCCUCAAAGGGAGAGGAUGAGCCUCAUCUUCUACAAGGAGAGGAGAGCAGUGACGUAUCCGAAGCCAGACCUGGGAAUGAGAAUGAAGUUGAGGCCAGACUAGCAGGCCUGAGUCUGACCCAGGGAGAGAGUGUAGAAGCCAGCAGAGAGUGUGGAGACUCCCACCCUCAGACAGACAUGUUGUUACAUGAUGAAAGGGCUGUGGACAGACACAGCGAUGAGGUCAUCACAUCCUCCUCCACUAUCUCCCCAGAGAGAUCCUCAGAGCUGACACAUCAGGAGGCUAUUCCAGAGAGAGCGGCCACACCUGCAGAUUUACAUACAGCCAGUGACUCUGACAGUGGUACGGGCCAGAGUCCAGAGCUGACUUCCCUCUCGGAGCUAGACAGUAAAACAGGCCCGGGUGAGGAGAAGCACAGCUUCUCAGUGGAAGUAGACAGUGGAUUGUCCUUGGGCCUGCAGUCCCCAGACACACUGGCCAGCCUGGAUGGAGUGAGUGAGAGAAUGCUGGAUACUAAAGUGGAGUGUUCUGAAGCUUUGAGACCACUUGACAAUUCUGUGAAAGACAAAGACACGGUCUGUCCAGCCCAGGGAGAAGAGAAGGGAAAGAAGGAAUCUCUCGAAUACACGGAAGACUCUACACUGAUCCACAGAGAGAAGGAGACAUUCUACCCUGUCCAGCCCUGCACUGAUCCUACAUUACAGGUGAAAACCACCAUAACAGAAUCCACAGAAAUCCCUGUGUCCCCGUGCUCUGAGAGCUCUGAGAGUGUUGGAGGCUCUUUGUCGACCACUGGUGCCCUGAGAGACUCAAUCAGUGAUGUGGACAGUCUGGGAGAGGACAGUGUCUUCAGAAAGGCUGUGGAUGGGCCAAGGGAUAGCACCAGCGGGGUGUCAGUGUCCUUCUCCUCCAUAGACGACGUGGCCAGUGUGGGUCCCCUCAGUGCCAGCUCUCAGGGCAGUGUAGGUCCCCUAAGUGUCUCCUCCCUGGGCAGCGUGGGCCCUCCUUGGGCCGGGGCGGGGGCGGUGGGAACUCGGACCAGCUGGAGCUCUGGAGACACCUGGCAGACGACAGGGAAGGGAGGAGAGGAGGAGGAGAGGAAAGACAAGCUGACAGAGGUGCCUGUAUGCUCUGCCGUUAUGCGCCCGUGUAUCCGUUCGCUCUCUCCGUUCCGCCGGCACAGCUGGGGCCCGGGGAAGAAUCCUGAAGGAGAAACGGAUGUGAACCAACGCAGUUCGUUGCGAAGUCAAGGGGAGGGGAAGCCUCGAAAGCCAACGUUUCAUAGGAGAAGUAUGAGCUGGUGUCCCUCCAACAUCCCCCCUCCUCACCCGGAACAGAUUGAUAGCAGAAGUUACAGUUUGGAGGGCCUGGCUGGAGAGGAGGAUGCUGGGAAGGCUUCCGCCAACGUGGGGAGCGCUGGACGUGUGACCCGCCUGGACAGUGAGGAGAGAGGCUCGCUUCUGUCCCUGACAGAGGAGCAGGAGUCAGACCUUGGCGACUACUGCAGCAGCCUCGACAGCCAGUUAUCAGGGAGAGUUAUGCCUGUGAGACGUCCCCUCAUACCUCACCAAGUGCUCACCAAGUCGGUGUCCAUGCUGGCCAUCAGUCACAGAGACCUGGACGGAUUGGGAUCCUACUCCAGCACCUCUGGAUCACUAGAGUACAGCAUCUCUGAGGAGGACCCGGGUCCCCUGCGGAGUUACACUGAGGGGAGACAAGGGACCAAGGUCAGCCGCACUUUCAGUUACCUCAAGAGCAAAAUGAGUACUAAGAAGAACAAGGAGAAAGACAAAGAUAAGGGUCAGGGUAAGGAGAAAGACACCAAGGAGAAGAAGACCCUGAACGGCCAUCUCUUCAGCUCUGUGAACCCAGCCCCCUCCACAACCUGCCACCAGUGCAACAAACCCAUCAACACUAAAGAAGCGUUCCUCUGUACCAACUGCAAUGCACAGGUCCAUAAGGGCUGCAGAGACAGUCUUCCUGUGUGUGUCCAGGUCAAAAUGAAGCAGCAGAAGCAGCAGACCGUGGUAGAUUCUGCAUCCGUGUCCGGAGUCAUGUUGAGAAGUAAAUCCACGUCGGCGGCGUCUCGGGAGCGUCCGUGGUCUGCCAUCUCGCCCCCUGACGACCAGGCCAUGGUCAUGGUGGCGCCGGUGGUGCCUCGCAGGAAUACCAGCAUCCUCUCCAGCAACCUGUCCAAGAGCAUCUCCAUCAGCAACAUCGCAGGGCCAUUGAUGGACGAGAUGCCUCUGAAGGGCCUGAAGUACCUCUCCCAGUCCACAGACUCACUACACAAGAUCUCCAAGGUCAACGAGUCCACUGAGUCUCUCACCGAUGAAGGGACUGAAAUGAUGGACAGCCAGCUGAUGGGGGAGUUUGAGGCGGAGUCUAAGGAUCUGGAGGCGGACUCCUGGACCUUCACUGUGGACAAGAAGUAUGUGAAGGGGCUCAAGAAGGAGGUGGUCAAGAGACAGGACGUUAUCUAUGAGCUGGUCCAGACAGAGAUGCACCACGUGCGAACGCUGAGGAUCAUGUCUGAGGUGUACAGUAAGGGCCUGCAGAAGGAGGUGCAGCUGGAUACCCAGGUGGUGGAGCGAGUGUUCCCCAUGCUGGACGAGCUCCUGGAACUACACACACACUUCUUCGCACACCUCCUGGAACUCAAGCGGAAAUCCUCCAUCGAGGGCCGGGACGACGGUAGCUUCCUCAUCCGCAAGAUAGGAGACGUGCUCGUCUCACAGUUCUCAGGUCCCAAUGCCGACCGCAUGAAGAAAGUCUAUGGGAAAUUCUGCAGCCGCCACAACGAGGCGGUCAACUUCUAUAAGGAGCUUCACACCAAAGACAAACGCUUCCAAGCCUUUAUCAAGAAAAAGAUGAGCAGCACAAUCGUCCGAAGACUAGGCAUCCCAGAGUGCAUCUUGUUAGUGACACAGCGAAUAACCAAGUACCCUGUGUUACUACAGAGGAUACUGCAGCACACAAAAGAGAACGAGGAGGACCAUGACGAUAUAACCCAGGCUCUGAGGCUGGUCAAGGAGAUUCUAAAUGCAGUGGACAGCAAGGUGAACGAACACGACAAGAAGAAACGGUUAAAAGAGGUGUAUAGUCGUACGGACAGUAAGUCCAUUCAGAGGAUGAAGAGCGGCCAGAUGUUUGCACGGGAGGACCUGGUGCGAGGCCGGCGGCUGCUGCAUGAUGGACCGCUGCAGCUCAAGAACUCUGCAGGCAGGCUAAAGGAUGUCCAGGCCAUGCUGCUGUCUGACGUGUUUGUGUUCCUCCAGGAGAAAGACCAGAAAUAUGUCUUUGCCUCACUGGACCAGCGGUCCACGGUGAUCUCCCUGCAGAAGCUGAUUGUGCGGGAGGUGGCUAAUGAGGAGAGGGGUCUCUUCCUGAUCACAGCGGGGAUAGAGAAGCCAGAGAUGGUGGAGGUAUUGGCCAGCACCAAGGAGGAACGCAACACCUGGAUGCAGCUCAUACAGGACGCCAUGCACUCCAUAGAGAAGGAUGACGAUGAGGGAAUCCCCAGUGAGACAGAGGAAGACAAGAGACUGCUGGAGACCAAAGCGCGGGAGAUGAGAGAGCUGCUGAGGAAGAAGGACGAGCAGAUCGUGUGUCUGUUGGAGGAGAAGGUGAAGGUGUUCAGGGACAUGUGUGAGGGAGGCAGCGGCUCGGCGGAGACCAGCCCAGCCCAGUCCAUCAGGGCCAAGAUGCUGUUCAGAGCCACCCCAGACUACGUCACCAAGGGAGAGCCCAUCAUGAAGGAUGCCCUGAGGGAAGUGGAGACUCUCCAUGUGCUGGUGAAUGGCAGUCUGGGCGGGGCCGUGGGGCAGCAGGUGUCCAGUACCCAGGAUGCAUCAGGGGGCAGUGUGGGGCCGGUGUGUCUGCCUCGUCGCGCUGAGACCUUCGGAGGCUUCGACAGCCACCAGAUGAACAUCUCCAAGAACGGAGAGAAAGAAGAGGGGGAGGACUCAUUAGACCUUCGGAGGACUGAGUCAGACAGUGUGUUGAAGAAGGGGGGCAACAACAACCUACUGCUGCUGCUCAAGAGGAACAGUGAGCAGGUCCUCCAUAGUGUCACACAUCUCCAUGAUCUCCUCAACACGCUGCAGGCAGUGGUGGUUCAGCAGGACACCUUCAUCGAGGACCAGCGUCAUGCUCUGGCUGAGCGGCCAGCCUCCCGCCACUCCUCCACCUCCUCCCUGUCCUCCUCCUCCUCGCGGCCCAACUCCCUGAUCGAGCAGGAGAAGCAGCGCAGUCUGGAGAAGCAGAGGCAGGAGGUGGCCAACCUGCAGCGCCAGCAGGCAGCCCACGCCGACGAGAGGAGAAGGAGGGAGAGGGAGUGGGAGGUGAGGGAGUCGGGGCUGAGCGACAGGGAGGCGCAGGUGAAAGAGCAGGACGAGGAGACGUUGAGGAGGCGCGGGCAGCUGGAGGAGGAGAGGCAGGAGCUGCAGAAGAGGAAGGAGGAGUACCAGAAGGAUCUGGAGAGGCUGAGGGACGCCCAGAGGAAGUUGGACAGAGACAGGGAGACGCUGCGGCGGGAGGCUGAGAUGGUGGAGCAGAUGAAAAAGGCUGAGGCAGAGCAGGCACACAGGACCCAGCGGACGCCCUCCUCCACCUCAGAGGAGUCCAUGAAGUUCCAGAGUUCCACCUCUCUGGAUAAAGAGCCUGGAGGAGGGGAGGCAGAGCUGCCCUCCUCCUCCGCCACCAAAGACCCCUUCCUCAGGAUGGGCUCCAAGAGGAAAGGGAAGAACCUGAACCCCUUCUCCUCUUCCUCCAACGCCAGCUCUAAGGCCCAGAGCAGCACAGAGGGCCAGAACCAAAUCCCCAACCGCCUGAUGCAGCUGGCCAAGACCAAGGACAAGAAGGAGAAGAAGAAGAAGAAGGGGAAGGGACAGCAAUCACAGCCAGAUCCCCAGAACACUGGGGUCACAGAGCUUCAGGCCGAUGGAGAGAUCUUCUUCUGCUGAUUUCUUGGUCCUCCACUAUCCCACAAUGCCCCACACUCACAGCAUCACAGUGACUGCAUCAGCUGACUGCCCAGACGCUGUACUAGCGUGGGAA